AUGAUUCCCGCCAUUUUCCACGGUCAUCAGUUCCAUGCUACAGACAACGCCUGCAUGAAUCAAGCAAACAACCAAUCAAAUGUUGAGACACAGAAUAAUUUUAGACAAGCGAUGCAGUUCCAUGGGUUCCAACCAUUUAACAUAACUUUUGCUAACAACAACUUUUAUCAACAUUCAACAAACCAGCCAGGUUUCCAGUCUACGUCAAUGUUUGGGGCGUCCGACAAGGAAAUGAAAACUUGCCAUAUUUCAGGAUCAUCCAAUGAACAACAGUGUGACAUAACUUCAGCUGUAGCAUCAGCUAUACACAGCAGUACAAAUGAUAACGAAACACAUAUUGUAUCAAAUAAAACAUUUGACAUUUCAGCCUCCUAUCCACAAAAUGUGCCUGAACAAACACAAAUACCUUCGCAACAACAAUUGAAUCCGUCACCACUCGGUGAACUUCGGUUGCCUACUAUUAAAACUUCAUCAAAUGUUGCAGCUAACGUGAUGUCCGAGGAAUCCGAUUUGGGAUACUGUAGCUUUUCGGAUAUGUCAACAUUUCAGGAUAUUUCGGAUGCCAUGGUUUAUUCAGAAGGCCCAAAUGAUCAAUUUGAUGAUGUCAAAACUAAUUUCUCUGAUUUAAUUGAUGACGUACUAGACAGUAUUGACAAGAGGGAUCUCAUUAAAACAGAAUGUGUAACACCAGAAAAUUGUGAAAACGUGGAUUUUACAGAAUCCCAAUUGUUUGAAGUACAUCAAAAUGUGUAUGAACAGAAAGCUGUACAUCAUUCACCUACACCAAUGAUGAACUAUUUUGAGCCAUUAAAUAUUCAGACCACACCCACCUUUCAAGGAUUUGUCCCCUGUGUGAUAACUUCAAGUGCUUACCCUGUUGUUGACAUGAAUAGAUAUAAUACGGACUUAUAUUGCCAAGAAUGUGACAAAAGCUUCCAAACAAAGUCAAGUCUACGAGUGCACAUGCGCCAACAUCGCGGGGAAAGACCCCAUCAGUGUCCAUACUGCCAGAAAUCCUUUGCUCAGAAAUCAACACUACGCACGCACGUAAGAACUCAUACCGGUGAAAGACCGUACACGUGCAAUUUCUGCUCACGUGCAUUUGGAGAUUACAGCACGUAUAGAAAACACGUGCGUGUUCACACAGGAGAAAAGCCGUACACUUGUGACGUAUGUAAUAAGAGUUUUACACAGUCCGGAAAUAUGAUUCGUCAUAAAGAAGUGCAUUUGAAGAAAUCACAGAAGAAAUCACUUGUGAAAUGACAAUUUGUUAAUUCUGUAAUAAAUUAAAAAUAAUCCGAAACUAGCAAAUAAUAUGAUAGUAUUACAACUUGCUUUAUUGUUUGCACUUAUCUAUUAUACUGAAUAUAAUGUUGUUACCUUCUGAUAUGUUUAUGUUAAUGAAAUGUAAA